ACAGCUAUCAUCUUCAUUUCCGUCCUAACCUAGAACGAAGUGAAGUGAUUGUUUUGUCUAUAUCGGAAUUGCCAGGGGUGCUGUGUUUUCUUAGUAUGUUAGUAAGUUAUUCACAUUCAAAUUAAAAAUUUUAAAGAUUCAAAGAUUUUAUUAGGCCAUUAAGUUUGUACAAUAGGCUACGUCACAGUAAAAUAAAAAAUCAAUAAAACUAAAUAUAAAAGGAAACAAAACAAACAAAACUGCAAGUCUAAACAGCAAACCAUGAAAAGAAGUGGCAAUAUACUAUCCCAGACAUGAGGAAAAGAAACCUAAAAUAUACAAUUCAAUAUAAUAAGAAAAAUAAAUAUAAUUGAAAAAAAAACAAGCAGAUAAAAGAUAAAUUCCACUCCUAUAUUACACCUCCAAAACAUUGGUAACAAGAUUUGAGCAACAGAUCAACAGAUGUCUGAAAAUGAAUGAGUAUGUAACUAUUGAAUAGUUAACAAAUUCUUCAACCAAGGGAAAUAUUUAAAUAGACAUACAAAUCAUACUGACUAGUUGAGUCAUGUAGUUAGUUACUUGGUCCCGAUAAGUGUUCCUCAUAAUUCGAUAGUGAUACGUAAAAAAAAUGUUAAACAUCAAUAAACAGCUCCCUUUUAAAUGUCCAGUAUGUUCAAUUAUCUUCUCAUCUCAGUGGAAAAUGAGGACACAUAUAUUAGAGCAUACGGGUGAGCGGCCCUUUAAAUGUUUGAUAUGUGAGCAAACCUUUAUACAACUAAAACUUGUAAAGAGUCAUUUGAUGAAACACUCUGAGGAGAGCCCAUAUAAGUGCUCCACAUGCGGAAAAUCUUUCACAACCAACCAUAAUAUGAAGAGACAUUCAUUGGUUCAUACUGGAGAGCGACCUUAUCAGUGCAGUACAUGCGGAAAAUCUUUCACAACCAAAAAAGUUAUGGAAAGACAUACAUUGGUUCAUACUGGAGAGCGACCUUAUAAGUGCAGUACAUGUGGAAAAUCUUUCACAACCAAUAGCCAAAUGAAGGAACAUGCAUUAGUUCAUAGUGGAGAGCGACCUUAUAUGUGCAGUACAUGCGGAAAAUAUUUUACAACAAAAAUGUAUAUGAAGAAACAUACAUAUGUUCAUACAUUAGAGCGACCUUAUAAGUGCAGUACAUGCGGAAAAUCUUUCACAACCAAAACUUAUAUGAAGAAACAUACAUAUGUUCAUACUGGAGAGCGACCUUACAAGUGCAGUACAUGCGGAAAAUCUUUUACAACAAAAAUUUAUAUGAAGAAACAUACAUAUGUUCAUACAUUAGAGCGACCUUAUAAGUGCAGUACAUGCAGAAAAUCUUUUACAACCAAUAGCAAAAUGAAGGAACAUGCAUUAGUUCAUACCAGAGAGCGACCUUAUAAGUGCAGUACAUGUGGAAAAUCUUUUACAACAAAAAUGUAUAUGAAGAAACAUACAUAUGUUCAUACAUUAGAGCGACCUUAUAAGUGCAGUACAUGCGGAAAAUCUUUUACAACCAAUAGCAAAAUGAAGGAACAUGCAUUAGUUCAUACCAGAGAGCGACCUUAUAAGUGCAGUACAUGUGGAAAAUCCUUCAGAUACAAAAGCUAUAUGAUUCAACAUACAUAUGUUCAUACUGGAGAGCGACCUUAUAAGUGCAGUACAUGCGGAAACUCUUUCACAAACAAAUCUUAUAUGAAGAAACAUACAUUAAUUCAUACUGGAGAGUAA